UAUUGGUCACGCAGGCUUCCUUUCUCAUCAACAGAUGCACAUAGCCAGGAUAUGAUGCAUCCCACCUACCCCUCUGCAGUGGUUAUAAAUGGAGCCAAAGAUGAUGCACUCAGACCAACCUUUAGAAAGCCAAAUACAGCAUUUCAAUCUUUUUUCCAGUGUUCAACUUCACUGCUGCCUCAAAGAUCAUUAUUAACUGUGCCUGAACUCCUUGCUCUACUGGUCACACAGGACUGAUCCCCUGACAAAGCUCAUACGUACGAAGCCAAACACAAGGUCAUGAAAUGCCUGAUGAAAAUUGCACCACACUGACCGAGUUCAUUCUCUUGGGUUUCACCAACCGUCUGGAGGUGGAGAUACCUUUGUUUGGGCUCUUCCUACUCAUCUACAUCACCACUUCGGUGGGGAACGUUGGCCUCAUCGUGCUCGUCCAGCUCAAUGCCUGCCUUCAUACCCCCAUGUACUACUUCCUAAGCAAUUUAUCUUUCUUAGACCUUAUCUGUUCAUCUGCCAUUGCUCCCAAGAUGCUGGUGAGUCUGUUAGCACAGCAGAAGACCAUUUCUUUCACUGGCUGUGCAACACAGAUGUUUUUCUUUGCUGCCUUCGCUGAUGCCGAGUGCCUCAUUUUGGCUGUGAUGGCCUAUGACCGCUAUGUGGCUGUAUGUCACCCUCUUGUCUACACUGUUGUCAUGUCCCGCAGGGUCUGCACCAUCAUGGUAGCUGGGGCUUAUCUCAGUGGAGGUCUGACCUCGCUGGUGCACACAUCUUUCACCUUCACAUUGUCGUUCUGUGGCUCCAACGUGAUCAACCAUUUCUUCUGUGAUAUUCCCUCACUGCUGGAGCUCUCCUGCUCCAACACAUACAUCAGUGAGGUUCUCCUCUUCACCCUGUGUGGCUUUAUACAAACCAGCACCUUCCUGGCCAUUGCUGUUUCCUACACCUGCAUCCUCAGCACCAUCCUCCGGAUCCAUGUGGCAGACAACAGGCACAAAGCCUUCUACACCUGCACCUCCCACCUCAUGGCUGUUGGGUUGUUCUACGGCUCCCUGCUCUUCAUGUAUUUACAGCCUGGUUCCAGCCACUCAAUGAACACAGACAAAGUGAUCUCUGCAUUUUAUACCCUUGUUUUUCCCAUGCUCAACCCCCUCAUUUAUAGCCUGAGGAACAGAGAGGUGAAGGAUGCUCUACGGAGAAUGGUAGAGAGAAGAGUGUUUUCGCAGUGA